CGCCAAAUGUGGGGUGUGCUUUGCCCCUUGUCCACCAUCAAAUCUUGUUUAUAACUUGCAAUUUCCCUUCCUAUUCAUCUUUAUUCUUUGACCAAAAAAAAAAAAAAUUGUCCGUACUCUCUCUUGCAAUAAAGAGCAAAAGAGGCCGAGUCAGAGAAAGAUGGAGAGCGAAGAAGCCAGACAAACAGGAGAAUCGGGCGCGUGCAUGAGGCUGGUACAGAUGAGCUCAAAACCCAAUUCUUGUCAUCAAGUUUGUCUCGUGGCCUUGCUAAUGAUGAACUGCCAAAGGUGGAAAAGUGGUGGGGAAUUUUUGAUCUUUGUAAGCAGGAUGGAUUUUGGCAAAGACCUGACUGGCUGGAAGGAGCUAUUGCUGCUAAAUCAGAUUUUCAAGCUCAAGAUGAUGACGUGCUGCUUUCAUCCCAACCAAAAUCGGGAACUACUUGGCUUAAAGCUCUUGUGGUCUCCAUUAUGGACAAUUAUGCUGCUCGUACUACCAACAAUAUCAAUGAUGCCAUGGUUCAGUAUGAUCUUUUGGCAGAAAAUUUUCCCCAGGACUUGA